AUGUUGCCAGCACUCACCACACCAGUCUUCAUACUUCCCUUGGCUCUGUACAAAGAACAGACGCCCUCGGCGGUAGUCAUCGCCGCCAAUCCAACAGCAACAACAAUACAAUUAUACUGCCCUGACGAAGUCUCCGCAGCAUGCGAAUCAUCUGGGUACAACAACUCCAUUGUAAUCGGACCAUGGGCAAGCAAAACUGUCCCAGCUGGCGCGGCUUCAACGGGCGUCUUCCAUUGGAUGUUGGCAUUGAACGAUCUGGGCGGUGCCAGUUCUGUUGAGUGUCUUGUGAGCAGCGGCACGCCUCAGACUUGUACAACCAUGGCGCUGCCGAAGGAAACUGGGGAAGACGGUGUUACCGACGUUGUGACCGGUUACGGAAGUAUCACGAAAGAAUUUGAGCUCAUGUUUGGCACGCUGCCGAUCAUCAUCACCAAGGGCCAAGAGCUGCUUGAAAGAGCAUCUCAGGCCACGACUACGGAAGAUUCUAGUGCUGCUCAAGCAACCGGAAGUGAGACUGAGGCUACAAGUGCAGAGGUCACGGCUACUAGCGCUUCAACUGAUGCUGCGGCACCGAAGGAAACUAAUGGGGCUAGAUCGAGUGCUGUCCGUAUGUUAGAUGCCAUAUUAAUGGCUGGAUUAGCCUCCUUCAUUGUGCAAUUUUGAGGGGUUAACAUGAAUCUACGGGAUAUUUCCUAAGAAUUAUCCCGAGCGAAUUCCAGGUGAUGGGAGUACUCCAGAGCUCAAUGUUUAGAUACACAUUCAGC